AUGCGCGUAAGCAAGCUUUCAUAUCUUGCUCUGUCCUGGACUGCCUUGACAGAUGUUCUGCCUCAAAAACCGAACGAGCCAUCCUGCAGGUUCGCUCGCCAGUACACACAGAGGGAAAUCGUGAAGGAUCCCAGCAAUUUUAUCAGCGAUCUAUUGUACUGGGAGGGUAAAUUCCACCAGAACAAUGUCUCGUACAACUCGGGGAAUGGGAUGUCCUACGACGGGACCAACAUCGACUUUACCACUGGCGAAAGUACAGUCAAGCAUCCUUUUAGCGCCGCAAGUAAAGAGUCGCUCCAAAUAAUGCUGUAUGCGCAUGCUGUGGCUGGUUCGCCGGAAGCCGCUCGUUUUCUUUCACCCCAGGAUCCGUCAGCCGCGCCAGGGCUUGCUGUCUCGAUCAUGGAGAGGAAGCUGCGAACUUAUCUGAGAUUUAAUGAGACAUUUCCUGGAUUUGGAGGCUACCUUCCUUGGUUCACUUCCACGGAGCAGGACCUCACACCAACCGCAGACUGGAACAAUCGCGUUCCGGGACUGGACAAUGGAGAACUUCUCUGGGCUGUUUAUGCCUUUGUUCAAGCCUUGGAAAACACUGGAAAGCCCUCUUAUGCAGAACUGGCCAGCCAGUGGCAGAAGUGGAUAGAUUACACCAAGACUACUGGAGCCAAGCAUCUCAAGAUUUUCUAUGAAGGGAAAGGUCAAGUGUGCGCCGUAACGACCAUCAAGAACCAGUCCCUGCCUGUGGAUCAUCCUGACCAAGGAUACGCCUGUGAAGGCAGUGGUCGGCUCAACGAUCCUUACGAGGGUGAGCUAUUUACGUUCUGGCUCCAGUUCUUCGGUGGUCUGUCCGACGAAGACGUAGAACAGCUCUGGGCUGUGAAGAAGCCCAUGCUGCAGAGUGUUGACUACCAUAUGGGCCACGUAGGACCCAUUACUGUGCAGAAGGGUUACUGGUUCUCAAGCCAUGAGCAAUGGAAGGUUAUGGAAAUGCCCUACUACGACGUCGACAUUAUUCGCCGUGUCUUUAAGAACGCCGAACGAGUCCGAACCUGCAACUCGCUCGUCACCAAGACCCCCGGCAUGUUCGCCUCCGUCAACAACAUCACCGAUCCAGCAACCGGCGACGUGACCGGGUAUAUCUCCAACACCGGCGUCCCAUCCAUCUCCUUCCUUCCGCAGCAGGAGCUGGACGUCAUUACUCCGUACAGUGUGUUCCCAACCGUCCUCUUCGACAAGGGAGUUGGCCUUGCCUGGUGGAGGAACAUGGUGAUGGCCAAGAAGAUGCAAAAUCCCUACGGCAGCACCGAAUCCACCCGCGUUGAUGGAAAGGGCGUCUCGGCCCUCCUUACCUGGGACAGCAAAGUAACCACGGUGGCUGCCCUCCUCGGCGGAGUCACCGAUCUUGUCCGCCAGCGGAUGAAGGCCGAGGGUAUAUACGAGGAGUUCAUCAGUUACGCCGAGAAAGCAUACGCGGCCGUCUUCACCCACCUCAAAGGCGAACACGUCGAUUUCUGCCUUCCCGGGGAAACUGUCACAGAUGCGGGUCUGGAGGACUUUACGCUGUGUGAUCAGUAG